CAGAAAAUCAUGCAAUCAGUGUCCUCAUGAAAAGUCACACAAUCUUGCAAUAUCAGCUGGUCCGCGCUCCCCCUCCCCCUCCCCCUCCCCUCCCAAGCAAGGGCUGCAUGCAGCAAAGACAAGGCACUCUCCUCAACCACGCCAGCACCAACCACGUACACAACCACAACCAGGACCACAUGCACAUGUACGUCCCUCGUGUAUCCGAUCCCCAGCAGACCAGUGUGGAAGACAUCGACUACUCCCGCGUACCGCACCCGCCUCCAUCAUACCACACACACACACACACACGACAUACAGGCAUGCGCCUCGCCGGUCAUUGGCGGACGGGUGGAUGAACGAGAUUCCAGUCUUGAGAUCAGACAGACCUGCAGCGGACAGACAAGGCACAGACACAGGGAGAGAGAGGACAGAGCAAAGGACAACUUCAAUGACACAGCGGAUGCACAUGUCGUGAGUGUGCUUGCCUCAUCGCUCCUUACGUCAAUCAUUACGCUCCCUGCCCCGGACGACGACGACGCCGACGAGGAGCACCAGAAACGUCAAUGAGAGGCGCCCGAUUUCGAUCAGGCGCUGGCCAACGCCAUCGCUGCCAGUGAUGAUGCCGGCGGCCUGGAGCCUCUCGUAGAUGUCCCUGCCAAUCAAGUCCUUGGACAUCUCCUGCAGCGCCUUCUGAAGGGUCUUCCCGCUGCGGAGGGCGGGGAGGAGGGCCUGGACCAGAACGGCCUUGCUGGUAGCACCAGCUUCAACGAGCUGGCGGUACUGCUUGUCGCCGACGAGGCUCUCGAGCUGCUUCCGCUGGUCAAACGACAUGACGCGGGACUGAGAUUGGACUGACGGCACCUGGGUGGCGAGGGAAGAGGAACUGGGGAGAUGGCGGUGUGUUGCGAGGGUGGCUUGUCAGGUACCUGUUGGUUGGCACGAGCUGGAGGGAGAUGGGGCGAAGAGGCCAGGAGGAGGGGGGUUGCUGAGAGCGAGUUGACAGCCAAUCGGUGGCUUUUCUUGUCGUCGGUGAAGUGAACCACGCGAGCGACGUCUUGUCGGGGGAAUCGAGCCAGUGGGAAUCAAGCACAUCGACUCCACAGAAGAUCGCGAAAACACCUGCAGCCACACACCAGAGGACAACAGAACCGGACAUUGCACGUGGCGGAGGAGAGGAAGCGCCAAAAGCGCCAUCCAUG